GAAUGAAACUCAUUUCAUUUGUCUUACGGUUCACAGUGGUUGGUCGUUCUGAUCGCAAAAUUUCGAUUACGCAAACAAAAUUAAAAAUAAUAAAUUAUUAAGUGAAUAAAACAAUAGCAUUAAUAAAUAAAUUAUAAUAAAAUAUAUAAACACACUUGGGAAAUAAUAGAAUACAAUGACGAAUUCCUCGAAAUGUGCUGUGUGUGGUGUGCCGGCAUCAUUAAAAUGCAUGGCCUGCAAACAGGUGUAUUACUGCGGUAAAGAGCAUCAGAAAAUUCAUUGGAAAAAAGGUCACAAGGCCGAGUGUAAAUGUUAUGAGAUUACUAAAAAUGAUGUGUUGGGGCGUCAUAUACGCGCCACACGUGACAUUAAAUUGGGUGAAGUAAUUUUGCGUGAGCCUCCCCUCAUCUAUGGUCCCAAGGUUGCUAGUGCCCCCUUGUGUUUGGGUUGUCAUCGUAAACUUACCCCGCCUGUGGGCAAUUACUACAAGUGUAAAGGCUGUGCUUGGCCUUUAUGUGGUCCGGAUUGUGAGAAAUCUGUUCAUCACAAAGAUGAAUGUGCCUUAAUGGCCUCACGCAAGUUUUCAGCUAAAAUUGAUUAUAAACCCGCUCAUGCCCAAAAUGGCAAAAAAGAAUCCGCCUAUUGUGUCAUCUUGCCCUUGCGCUGCAUGCUUUUAAAGCAAAAAAAUCCUGCUUUAUAUGAACAGUUUGCCGCUUUAGAAGAUCAUUUGCAAGAACGUCUAGAUACGCCCCUAUACAAGGUUUUAAGAGCCAAUUUAUUGACCUUUAUCAAAACUAUAUUGGGUAUGACGGAUUGGAGUGAGGAAGAGAUAUUACGUGUGGCUGCUCGUUUAGAUACAAAUAGCUUUGAAGUACGUCAGACCAUGGAAAAUCGUAGAGUACGUGCCAUUUAUCCCUUGGCGGCUAUGCUUUCACAUGAUUGUGUCUCCAAUACUCGCCACACUUUCGAUGAACAGAUGAAUAUAAUAUUUAUAGCUAAGAAGCCCAUAGCUAAGGGUGAUAUCAUUUGUACUUCCUACACUCAACCCUUGAAAAGUACUUUGAUGAGAAGAGAACAUUUGGCUCAGGCGAAAUGUUUCGAUUGUACUUGUAAAAGAUGUCAAGAUCCCACGGAGCUGAAUCUGUUUGUGGGCGCAGUACUGUGUCAUAAAUGUAAAGUGGGAAAGAUAAUUUCCACAAAUCCCAUGGAUAAUUCGGCCGUUUGGCGCUGUCAAUUAUGCCCUCAUCAGUUGCCGGCUAAACAAAUCAAUUUGGGUAAUAUGGCCAUGUUAAAAGAGAUUGAAGCUUUAGAUAAAACUUCGGUCAAAGCAUUUGAAGAUUUUCUGCACAGGUACCGUGAUAUAUUGCAUGAAAAGAACACACAUGUUUUGCAGGUGAAAUAUGCUUUGACCCAGUUGUAUGGCAAUGCACCAGGAUUUACUUUACCGGAAAUGAAUGAUGCUGCUAUUAAGCGCAAAAUUGAUCUCUGUCAAGAACUUUUGGAAGUUGCAGAAGUUCUAGAUGGUGGCUGGAGUAUAUUUAGAGGUAAUCUAUUGCUGGAUUUACAAGAGGCCAUGUUUGUGCAAACUAAACGGGAGUUCUUAAAUGGUUUGCUAACACAAGCGGCUACACAGGAAAAAUUCUUGGAAUCUAUGCAAUUGCUAAAGGAAGCUAUUGACAUUAUGAAACUGGAGCCCGAUAUGAAACAAACCUUAAAUGAACGCACUCAACUAUUGGCUAGGGAACUGGAAAUGGAGGAAUCCAAUGGAGGAACUUAAUUAUUAAAAGACUGUUAUACAUUUUGUUGGUUAUUUUUGUUUUUUGCUUAAUUUUUCAGCAACUUUUUAAAAAUGUAUUAGGAAAUAUUGGUAUUUAUAAUUAAAAGUAGUGGAUUUUGUUAAAAUUAACAAAUAGUUAUUAAUAAAUUAAUAAAAUUGGUUAAAAUAAAC